CCCCCUCCACCCGCCGGCGGCGGCAGCAGCGCCGCCAUGUUUUCGGCCCCGCCGCCGCCCCCGCCGCCGCCGGAGAUGGGCGGCUGCACCGGCACCGGCACAACCGGCGGUCCCGACCCCGGAGAUAGUGGGACGCGGAACGGUUCGCAGAAUGGGAGGGGGUCGCCGCCACCGCCACCACCACCGCCGAUUGGGUCCGAGCAAGCUCCCCCGCCGCCCCCGCCGCCGCCGCCGCCGCCACCCGGCCCGCAGCAGGAGCAGGAUCAGGAGGAGGAAAAAAAGCCAAAGGUGGCGCCUUUGUCGCCGUGGGAGAUGGAACUGGCGAAAGCCGCCGGUACUUGGGAAGGCACCGGGGGGGUCGGGGACGAGAAGGAGCGGUGCCGGCAGUGGUGCAUGAUUGCCAAGGCGUCGCUGCAGGCGGAGGAGAAGGAGCGGGAGAAGGACAACAGGAGAGGGGAAGGGAAGUUGACCGGCGGGACAGCGAGGCACCAGCGGCUGCGCCAGCUGGUGGACGCGGCCGAGCUCAAUUCCUCCUUCUUUCUGGUCCCGGGGCUGAACGACAAACAGGUUUUGCGCGUGCAGCGCCUGGUGUACAAGGUGGAGACGGCCUUCUCAAGCCUGGAAGCCGCCAGGGCGCGUCCGCCUCCUGUGGCAUCGUUCACCCAGUCAACCACGUCGUCCUCGAGCUCCCGCUCCGGCCAAUCACGACGCGAAAGCGGUGGCGGAGGCGGCGGGAUCGGCAGCAGCGGGGUUUCCAGCGCCGCGUCGUCCCGUGGGGGCGGCACCGCGCCAGCGGGGACGCCCGCGAAGCGUCCCCGGUCUCGAGGGCCCGGGGAUGAUGAGGAUGAUGACGGUGACCUUGACGCUCUGGUCAAUGGAGGCGGGGCGGGUGGCGGUAGAGGGGGAGGGACGGGAGGGGGAGCGAAGAGAAGCAGGAACAGCAGCACCGAGGCGUUCGUAAGGGCUGUUCGCUCGUGAAAGAGUUGCUGUAGCAGUUGUUCCGAUGCAAUCCGAUGCAUUUUGUUUUUUGGUGUGCUAUUUUUUUUUUAUCAGUUCAACAUGUUGGGUCCAAUCGUGGUUGUUGUUCCGCCCCCCGCCCGCUUUGAAGCGUUCCUCAUCGUCUCUGUUGUGCUUGUCGGUGAAUUUGUCCGCGGUGUCGAGGGGUCGCGACAAGGUUUGAGGAGGGACGUGUCCCCGCUC